AAUGUUUCAAAUCUCACAGACAAGACGGAUACGCAGACAACAAAUGCAAACACAAAUUUUAUUCACCGUCAACGUUGUUUGCUACAACACAAACCAAUGUCUCACCACUUGUGUCACUUUAUGAAACUGAAAGCGACACAUUUGUCAUGACAACUUCACGAUCUUCGCCCAGCGACAGCAGCAGACCGGCAAGUCCGCAGCUUGGCCCAUUGGAAGUCAAGAUGCCAAAAACCUCAUUUGCAACUUCAACCCAUUUGCAACUUCAACCCUUUAAACUUUGACUACCUGAACAGUAAAGUCGACUCUAGUUGGUUCAACCCCAUCUUUUUCGGGAUGCAGUCUAGCGUACACCGACUAUCAUUCAGCACUGUGAUGCAUAUACAAAAAGUCAAGCACCUACCUUUGAUUGUCCAGGUGACAGAUCGCUGCGUGGUGGCGUUGGUGCCCAAACAGAUGUCGUCGUUCAACAUCCCAUGCUCAGCUAGCUUCCCAAGAAGUAUCAGCAGAUAUGGCGUGGACAUCCCCUUCCGCUCCACACCCACCAGCCCCGACAGCCCUCACUCCCGCGUGCCCAUGCUGACCCCCGACCUGGAGAGCGGGGUCAAAGUUUGGCACUUGGUCAAGAACCACGAGCACGGAGACCAGAAGGAAGGCGAGCGAGGCAGCAAAAUGGUGUCGGAGAUUUACCUCACCAGGCUCUUGGCGACAAAGGGCACGCUGCAGAAAUUUGUGGAUGACCUGUUCGAGACGCUUUUUAGCACCGUGUGCCGCGGCACCGCCCUGCCUCUCGCCAUCAAAUAUAUGUUUGACUUUCUGGAUGAGCAGGCCGACAGACACGGGAUCUACGACACGGAUGUCCGCCAUACCUGGAAGAGCAACUGCCUUCCCCUGCGCUUCUGGGUGAACGUGAUCAAAAACCCGCAGUUUGUCUUUGACAUUCAUAAGAGCAGCAUCACGGAUGCCUGCCUGUCUGUGGUGGCUCAGACCUUCAUGGACUCGUGCUCCACCUCCGAGCACCGGCUGGGCAAAGACUCACCCUCCACCAAGCUGCUUUACGCCAAGGACAUCCCGCACUACAAAAGCUGGGUAGAAAGGUACUACGCGGACAUCAACCGCCUGCCUGCCAUCAGUGAUCAGGACAUGAAUGCCUAUCUGGCUGAGCAGGCGCGCCUCCACUCCAGCGAGUUCAAUGCGCUCAGUGCCCUCCACGAGAUCUACAGCUACGUCAGCAAAUACAGCCAGGAGGUGAGGACUAGAGCGCCACGGAGACCUCCAACUGUAAACAUCUGCAAUUGCCGCUGUAAAUUUCAUACUGAACUGCAGGAAUUUGCAACUUAA